AUGAAUAUUCCAUUUGACAUGGCCGUCCAGGUGAUCCGGUGUAUGCUAGAAGAAUGUAAGCUGCAACAAUAUCUAGGACUACCGGAAAAGUGUGACGUGGAUCGCUUCGCUCGAGUGUUUUCGAAAUACAAAACUGGUCUCGAGCCGAUGCUGAUGAUCGCUUGUCUUUGUGAAACCCAGGAAGAUAUCGAAUCAUUCCACAGAAACAAAGGUAUGUACCAGGCUUUGCUAUCAAAUGCCGAACGACUCCUUGGGGAGUUCAUUGUCGCUCAUCGAAAACAGGCAGAGAACGCAUUGUCUACUAAAAAUUAA